UAUGAGAGAGACGUAAAAGGAUACUCUGCAAUCGUAAGCCAAAUAAAUGCACACUAUGAUGCUUAUCAGUCACUUAGCCACGAUGAGUUAAGAAAUAAAACAACUGAAUUCAAGCAAAGAAUCAAAAAUAGCCUUGCAGAUAUUGACGCAGAUAUUACUGCACUCACAGAAAAGGCAAAUCAAGAACCAGAUUUUGUAAAUAAAGAAAAUAUUUACAACGAAAUUGAUAAAAUCAAAAAAGAAAGAAAUAAAUACCUUGAAACAGCGCUGAAAGAAAUUUUGCCUGAAGCAUUUGCCGUUAUUAAGGAAACAUCUAGAAGAUUUAAAACAAAUCCUACCAUAGAGGUAGAAGCUACAGAUCACGAUAGAUUAUUGGCAGUAAAUAAAGAGUUUGUCUCAAUACAAGGAGACAAAGCUAUUUGGAAGAAUAGUUGGAAAGCAGCAGGUGGUGAUAUCACUUGGGAUAUGCUUCAUUAUGAUGUCCAGCUCAUAGGUGGUAUGGUGCUGCAUGAAGGAAAAAUUGCGGAGAUGGCCACAGGUGAAGGUAAAACAUUAGUAGCAACCUUACCUGCAUAUCUAAAUGGUCUUUCAGGCGAAGGUGUUCACAUCAUAACGGUCAAUGAUUACCUAGCAAAAAGGGAUAGCGAAUGGGUAGGACCAAUAUUCCAAUUUUUAUUACUCACAGUAGAUUGUAUAGAUAAAUAUCGCCCACACUCUCCGGAACGUAUCAAAGCUUACAGAUGUGACAUCACUUAUGGAACCAAUAAUGAGUUUGGUUUUGACUAUUUGAGAGAUAAUAUGGUGCGUGAUGCAGAAGAACUUGUGCAGCGCAAACAUCAUUAUGCCAUGGUGGAUGAGGUAGAUUCAGUGUUGAUUGACGACGCAAGGACACCUUUGAUCAUCUCAGGACCUGUGCCACAAGGAUUGGAAGAACAAGAAUAUUUAGAGUUAAAUCCUAAAAUUGAAAAGCUCGUUUCUGUACAAAGACAACUUGCAACAGAGUACCUUGCUGAAGCUAAAAAACUUAUCAAAGAUGGAAAUGCGGGACAUCUCGAAGGCGAAGGCGGUCUAUCUUUAUUUAGAUGUUACAGAGCUUUACCUAAAUAUAGACCAUUAAUAAAGUUUUUGAGUGAAGAUGGAGUAAAAGUGAUCUUACAAAAGACAGAAAACUUCUACAUGCAGGAACAAAACAAAAACAUGCAUUUGGCUGAUGCGCCAUUAUAUUUUACUAUUGAUGAAAAAAAUAGAUCAGUAGAACUUGCAGAAAAGGGAAUAGAAUACCUAUCCAAAGGCGAAAAUGACCCUAAUCUUUUUGUCAUGCCUGAUAUCACUCAGCAAAUCCAAGAACUAACUAGCAGAGAAACCAAGGAAGGUAUUAAACUUACUGAAGAGAAAGAGCUAAUGAUCCAAGACUAUUCUAUCAAGUCUAGGCGUCUACACGCUACAAGUCAGUUGCUAAAGGCGUACACUUUAUUUGACAAAGAUCAGGAAUAUGUAGUCAUUGAUGAGCAAGUAAAGAUCGUAGAUGAGCAGACAGGUCGUAUGAUGGAAGGGCGUAGAUAUUCUGAUGGUCUCCACCAAGCAUUAGAAGCAAAGGAAGGUGUAAAAGUAGGAGAAAUCACACAGACUUAUGCGACAGUAACACUUCAGAACUAUUUUAGAAUGUACCACAAACUAGCAGGUAUGACAGGUACCGCUGAGACAGAAGCAAGUGAAUUGUGGGAAAUUUACAAACUUGACGUAGUCGUUAUUCCAACCAAUAGGCCUAUUAUCAGAGAUGACAAAGAUGAUUUAGUAUAUAAAACUGCAAGAGAAAAGUUCAAUGCCGUUAUAGAAGAUAUAGGUAAAUUGACUGCACAAGGUAGACCUGUCCUUGUGGGUACCACUUCUGUAGAGAUUUCUGAGUUAUUGAGCAGAAUGCUUAAUUUAAGAGGUAUUAAACACAAUGUAUUAAAUGCAAAGCAACACCAAAGAGAGGCAGAAAUUGUAGCUGAAGCAGGUAAAGCGGGAGCUGUUACUAUAGCUACCAAUAUGGCAGGUAGAGGUACGGAUAUCAAGAUCAAUGCUGAAGUCAAACAAGCAGGUGGUUUAGCUAUUGUUGCCACAGAAAGACAUGAUUCUAGAAGGGUAGAUAGGCAGUUGAGAGGUAGAGCAGGAAGACAAGGAGAUCCAGGUAGUUCACAGUUCUAUGUGUCAUUAGAAGAUAACUUGAUGCGUCUUUUCCAAUCAGAAAGAAUUGCAGGUAUUAUGGACAAAAUGGGCCAUAAAGAAGGAGAAGUUAUCCAACAUAAUAUGGUCUCUAAGUCCAUAGAAAGAGCACAGAAAAAAGUAGAAGAAAACAGUUUUGGAGUAAGAAAGCGUCUCCUUGAGUAUGAUGAUGUAAUGAAUAUUCAGAGAGAAGCAAUUUAUAAAAAGAGAAAUAAUGCACUCCACGGCGAAAGGUUGUCAGUUGAUCUACAUAAUAUGUUCGUAGGUUCAGUUGAAAAUAUCGUUGCUAUAAAUAAAAGGUCUAAUGAUUUUGAAGGUUAUAGAUUUGAUUGUCUCACAUCUUUGAGUAUUGAUCCACAAAUCGAUGAAGAUACAUUCAGAAGCAUGUCGGUGGACAAUCUAAUUGACGAAACACUUGACGCAGUAAUGAAACAUUAUAAUUACAAGUCUGAACAAAUCACUCAGAUCCUUCUUCCUACCAUCCAAAAGGUAUAUGAAACAGAAGGUCAUCGUUACAAACGAAUAGCAGUGCCAUUUACAGAUGGUCGUAAUAAUCCAUUACCAAUAGCAGCAGAUCUCAAAAUAGCUGUAACUACAGGUGGUGCAUCUAUCAUGAGAGAUAUCGAAAAAACCAUUACUUUGGCUAUUCUAGAUGAUCAUUGGAAAGAGCAUUUGAGAAAUAUGGACGAACUCAAAGAUUCUGUACAGUCAGCUUCAUUUGAGCAGAAAGAUCCAUUGGUUAAGUACAAAAUUGAAGCCUAUAAUUUAUUUGAAGAACUUAUCAACAAAAUAAAUAAAGAUGUAGGAGCUUAUUUAUUUAAUGGUAAGUUGUUGUUGCAGCAAGAAGUAAAAGAAGCAAGAGUACAAAAAUCUGAUCUUAGCAAAGUACGUACUAGUCGCGAGGAAGAAGAUGCAAAAGCAGCAGCAGAAGGUGUUUCUAGAAGAAAUGAAAAACCAGAAACUUUCAAAAGGGUAGAAGAUAAGGUCGGUAGAAAUGAUCUUUGCCCAUGUGGAAGCGGCAAGAAAUACAAACAUUGUCACGCAAGCCCGAUCGUACCCAUUGAAAAAUACAUGGAGCGAUGUUUUGAGCUUGCUGCUUUUGGAGGAAAAGAUACCAAAUCAAACCCAAAUGUCGGUUCUGUCAUUGUUUUUGAUGGACAAAUAAUAGGAGAAGGUUAUCACAGAUAUUACGGAGGUCCACAUGCAGAAGUAGAAGCAUUCCAAAGUGUAUCAAAAUCAAAUCUUCACAAAAUUAAAGAUGCUACUUGGUAUGUAAGCUUAGAACCAUGUUCACACUUCGGUAAAACACCACCUUGUGCCCAUAAAAUUGUGGCUGAAGGGUGUAGAAAAGUAGUCAUAGGAUGUCUAGAUCCAAAUCCAAUA